AUGUUUAAAGGAGUCAGCAGCCUGCGAUCUGGGGAGAAGGAGAAGAAGCCCGUGAGCGAGAAGAGCAAGGCGCUGCAGGCCUAUUUGGCUGCGCAGUAUGGCGCGGGCGACGCUGAGCCCGAGAAGAAGAAGAAGAAGAAGAGGAAGAAGCCCGAGGCGGGAGGGCCAGGCAUAAAAAUCCUGGACCAGGACGUUAGCGGGUUCGCGGCAGCGGCGGCGGCAGCAGCGGAGCGGGGGCCGGUGGCGGCUCCUCAGCUGGAGGAAGGCGAGGAGGAUGAAGACCAGCCCGUGGUGGUGAACCCAGAGGAGGCGGAGCGGCUGAAGCUUCUGGCGGAGCGGGAGAAGCAUUUCUUUAAGCAGCGCGCCGAUGGCAGUGGCUGGGCAGUUGCAGAGCAGGGAGCAGCCGAUGCUUCACCCCCACGUAAGGGCAGGCAAUCCAGCCCAGACGCUUCGCCACCUCGCAGGCGCCCAGAGGCAGCAGCAGCAGCAGACGCCUCGCCGCCCCGCAGGCAGCGGCACGACAGCCCAGACGCGUCGCCGCUCCGCAGGCAGCGGCACGACAGCCCAGACGCGUCGCCGCUGCGCAGGCAACGGCGCGACAGCCCAGACGCGUCGCCGCCGCGCAGGCAACGGCACGACAGCCCAGACGCCUCGCCGCCGCGCAGGCAACGGCACGACAGCCCAGACGCCUCGCCGCCGCGCAGGCAGCGGCACGACAGCGCAGACGCCUCGCCGCCGCGCAGGCAGCGGCAUGACAGCCCAGACUCGUCGCCACCGCGGCGUCGCCAGGCAUCCGCAGAUGUGUCGCCGCCCCGCAGGCGUGGAGCUGACAGCCGGGAUGCAUCUCCACCACGCAGGCAGCAGGGUGCAGCGGAUGCAGAUGCCUCAUUGCCGCAGAAGCGCCGAGCCGAGGAGGGCUCAGACGAGGAGGCGGCAGCCGAGGCGAAGAGGCGGCGCAUGAUGUCAGAUGGCACGGUGGCGGGCAUGGUGUCAGGCCGCGAGCUGGCGGCGGAGAUGCAGCGCAAGCGGGAGCGGGAGAGGCAGCGGUUUGCGGAGCUGGAGGCGGAUGUGACGGGGCGCGGUGCACAGACGGUGUUCCGCGACAAGGAGGGGCGCAAGGUGAGCAAGGAGGCGUUCCUGGAGGAGCAGGCGGCGGCCAAGAAGAAAGCGCAGUACGAUGAUGAGCAGCAGCUGGAGUGGGGCGGCGGCCUGAAGCAGCGCGUGGACGCGGCAGAGCGUGGUGCGGCCAUGGCGGCAGAGGCAUCCAAGCCGUUUGCACGCAGCCGUGACGAUGCGGAGCUGGAUGCGAUGCACCGUCGCCGCUCGCGUUGGGGCGAUCCCAUGGCGGGCCUGGUGAAGGCCAAGGAGCCGGAGCUGGCGGCGCCAGCCUCGCUGGUGGAGCGGCACGCGGACCGCAUGAAGAAGAGCGGGUUCAUCAUCCCUCAGGAGGUGCCCAAGCACAGCUGGCUGCGCCGCGGCCUGGGACCCCCCUCCAACCGCUACAAUAUCCGGCCGGGCAGGCACUGGGACGGCGUGGAUCGCGGCAACGGCUUUGAGGGGGAGAUGUUCAAGCGGCAGACUGAGCUCAAGCGGCGUGAACAGGAGGCGUACAUGUGGGCCCAGGAGGAUAUGUAG